CUUCUCUCUUCGUUUCCCCAACCAUUUUCCCUUUUCCUACACCCUCCUUCUCUUCCCUGUCUCUCUUUUUCACUCUCUCGGUUGCAAUUACACAACCGCUCCUCAUUCUUUCCCAUCACCUUCUACUUCAACUUCAUCACGAUGACCACCCAAAUGUACUCGAUCGAGGUUGCCGGCAGCCCCAAUAUCCCUGGCGAGGGAAAGCCUCGUCGUAGCAUCCUCUGUCCCGACAAACUCGUUCAGAGCUACCAGUCUUCCAAGGGCAACAGUACCAUCACAACCCUUUACGAAAACUUUUUGGAAGGUGUCCAACGCUCAGAGGGUGGACAGUUCCUUGGGUACCGCCCCAUCGUCAACGGUGUCCCGCAGCCUUACGAGUGGAUGAGCUACUCCCGCGUGCAGGAGCGCGUGACCCAUUUCGGAGCAGGUCUUGCGCACCUGGGCUUGGCCCCAAGCUCUAACUUUGGUAUUUUUUCCAUUAACCGGGCGGAGUGGACCAUGAGUGAGCUCGCUGGUUAUAUGUAUAACUACACGUCCGUACCGCUCUAUGAUACUUUGGGUGUCUCUGCCAUCGAGUUCAUCGUUAACCAGACCGAGAUGCAGAUUGUCAUCGCUUCGGGUGACAAAGCUUCGAUCCUGCUUAACAUGAAGUCGGCCCUACCCACGGUCAAGAUCAUUGUGGUAAUGGGCGCCUUCGACGAGGCCCUCAUUAUCGAGGGCCAAGAAUUGGGCGUCAAGAUUGUAGCCUGGACCGAGGUUGAGCGUAGCGGUCUCGAUAACCCUGUGCCGGCCACUCCCCCAACUUCGGAAGAUACUGCCACCAUCUGCUACACCUCUGGAACUACAGGCACCCCAAAGGGUGCUGUCUUGAGCCACAAGAACUUUGUCGCCGGUAUCAGCUCCUUUCAUACCCUGGCCAAACAUCAAAAGUUCUUCAUCCCUUCUGUUGCCGAUACGCACAUCUCGUACUUGCCAUUGGCCCAUGUCUUUGAGCGUCUCUGCCAGGCCGUCAUGAUCUCAGGCGCUGCACGUAUUGGAUACUAUCAGGGCGAUACGUUGAAGCUGUUGGAUGAUGUGGCAGUCUUGCAGCCAACUAUCUUUGUCUCAGUACCUCGUCUCUUCAACAGGAUUUACGACAAGGUCUUGGCAGGUGUCAAGGCCAAGGGGGGCAUUGCGGCUUUCCUCUUCAACCGUGCCUACGCAGCCAAGAAGGCCAAUCUAAGACGCGGUAUUUUGGAACAUGCUCUAUGGGAUCGUCUGGUCUUCGGUGCUAUCCGAGCCCGCCUCGGUGGCAAGGUCAAGCAUAUCGUCUCCGGCUCGGCUCCCAUUUCUCCCGAUGUCAUCGAUUUCCUCCGCAUCUGCUUCAGUGCCGAUGUUUAUGAAGGUUACGGUCAGACUGAACAGGCGGCUGGCUUGUCCAUGAGCUACAAGGGUGACUUGACUCCCGGUCAAGUGGGUCCUCCCCAGCUAUGCGUCGAGGUGAAGCUGAAGGACAUUCCUGCCAUGAACUACACCUCUCAAGAUAAGCCAUUCUCUCGUGGCGAGAUCAUGCUUCGAGGAAACUCUGUUUUCAAGGGCUACUAUAAGGCUCCAAAGCAAACGGAAGAGACACUCGAAACCGAUGGCUGGGCCAGUACUGGCGAUGUCGGUCAGUGGGAUGAUCGUGGACGCUUGGUCUUGAUUGACCGCGUCAAGAACAUUUUCAAGCUGGCUCAGGGCGAAUACAUCGCACCCGAAAAAAUCGAGAGUAUUUUGGACAAGCAUCCACUGGUCGCUCAGGUCUUUGUUUAUGGCCACUCUCUCAAAGCUACCCUGGUUGGAAUUGUCGUGCCCGAUGCAGAGACACUCAAGCUGUGGGCAAACGAGAAUGCGCUGAAAGACAAGAGCUACGAGGAGCUCUGCGCCGUACCUCUUGUCAAAGAAACUCUUCUCAAGGAGCUCGCCGCGUUUGGGCGCGAAUCGGACCUGAAGGGGUUUGAGAUCCUGAAGAACAUCCAUGUGACCUCGGAGCAAUUUUCGAUUGAAAACGAUCUACUUACCCCCACGUUCAAGCUGAAGAGGCACACGGCAAAGGAGAGAUACGAGGUCGAAAUUGAACGCAUGUAUGCCGAGAUCGAGUAAAGUCGUUGGAAUUGAAAAGGAUGUGCCAGCACCAUACCAUCAUUAAGGGAGAAAGCUCAAUGCAAACGGUUAAUAAUAAAAGUCUUGGAAAUACAAC